UUGUUACCGCUAUAAAGCUCAUACUCUUUAUCUCGCAUUACCUUCCUUUAUCAUCCACACGAUCUCAAAUGGCACCGCCUUCGUCGGCUGCACUCCCAUUGAAUGUGACACCUGCGGCCACGCCUUCGAAGCCACCUCUACAGAGUGGCAACAGUGGGACCCCAAGCGCUACGCCAGCUCUUAAAACAUCAGCCCAUCCGACUGACAUAUCAAGCCCUCAUGAACUUACCGCCUUUGUUGAGACGCUUCUUGAACAACUUGAUACGAAGUUCGACGAGAUGUCUUCCCAAAUUCUGGAUCGCAUGAUGCAAAUGUCGACCAGGGUAGAUGCCUUGGAGGCUUCGAUCCAGGACAUCAUUAAUGGGGACACUUCGAACGCUCCGAGUUUACCCCAAUCACCCUCCAUUUCUCAGAGAAGGAGUGGACUCUCGUCAUCGUCUUGAUCACAUUGGAUUCUUGUUCCCUUCUGUAUUGUACUGUCCUCAAACCUUAUUACUACCAUGCCAUAAUAAAGAACAUUGCAACGCGGAGCGCGGUUC